AUGAGUGCACUUCUUCAUCUGGCCGGACAAGGCACCAUGCAUCCUAAGCUUGGUGCACUUUGUCCGGACAGUUUCUACCUCCCGCAGCCAACCGUCGGCCAGGCCGGCCAGAUCGGUCGUGGUACUGCGGGAGAUCACUCCUAUCUCCCGAUCCAGCUCGCGACGCUGCUCGGGAGUGAACAGCGUCGGGGGUAUCUUAAUUCGCUGCCUAGGCCGCGAAUCAGAUCCCCCCCCUCCGGUAUAGCAUCAUCCUCCGACUUAGAGUCACGCAAUACGUUGGCUCUGAGCUGUCGGGCUCUAAAACCCUCCAUGGGCACUCCCUGGAGGCGGUCCUCAAUGUUCGCCCCGUCUGAGAGAGGAGACGGAGACCUAAAAGGUCCGCUCCCAUCCAGCCGGGAACGGCCACGCGCCCGCUUCCUCCCGCGCUGUGUCCUGGAUUUGGCGGGCACACCCGGAAUAUCCGGGGUAACCAUGACUUCCUCCGGAAGCACAGCUGGAGGGGCAACCGGAUCCGUCGCGUCCCUGGAGGUCUGUACCUCCUCCUCCCCGCACCCAUCCGUUUCCGCGGGUGCAUCCCGGGAAGGUUCAUUGGGUGAGUUAUCUCCACCCUUACCUCCCGAGCUACCCCCGCGGGGGCGGAUCGGCGAGCGCAAAUGUGAUCGUCGCGCCCCAUCAUCCCCGCCAGGCCCCCCGGCAUUCGCCAAACGGCGCCUACCGGACGACCGACCAGAAGACAAGGAGCGCGAGCGACCCGUCUCGCCACCCAGGCCACCUCCACCGACGUCCGCCUCGCGGCGUCCGCCAGGUGGCAGGCCCGAAGGCUCCCCAGUGGGAGGCGCGGGGGCCACGACCUGA